AUGGCUUCGGCAUCCAGAUUCGAAGAUGCCCAUGUCUACGGCUAUUUGCGGACGCAGGGUGUCGUCUAUCAGCUCGAGGAAGUUGAGACAUCGAUUGGCCGUGGUGAGGAGUGCAGCUUGCAGCUGGAUGGCAAGGGUAUCUCACGAAUGCACGCGCGAUUGACGUUUGCUGGAAGGCGGCCGCAACUUCUGGAUCUGGGUUCCAGCAAUGGCACCUUUGUGAACGGACUGCGUUUGAAGCCCAACAUUGCCCACGAUUUGAAACAUGGUGAUGUGGUACGCUUUGCGCAGGCAAGAUGUACAUAUAGUUUUGAGUUGCCACCGGAAGGUCAGAAAACUCCAAAGACUCCUAAGGAUAAUGCUGAGCCACCAGGUCAAGAAGAGACCCCUCCCCGUCCAGCCCUGAAGUCGAACGAAGACGGAAAGGAGAAGCCAGGCAAGGAUGUACAGCCGGCAUACCCUGGAAGCGCUGCAGUGCCGUGCGUCAACGUAUUGCCCGUUCCCUUUCCUGUCAUGCAGCCUGGAAUGCCAGGCAUGCCAGGGCCGGCAAUGCAGCCGAUGCAACUUCUUACGCCAUCGCAUUCUCCGCCUCAGCCCCCUGUGCCUGCAGUUUGCCCACAUCCCUCUCUUCCCGAGUGCUCGGAGCCGAUCUACCCACGGAGGAGCUCAGCUAUUGAAGAGUCUGAGAUGCUGCAAAAGCAGGACCUCCUCCUGCAAAGACUCUGGAAGCUUGAGCAAACGAUUUCCCGUCUCGCUGAUGCGAACCUCGAGGUUUGCCAAAGAGCAAGUCCCGGUCCUGGCGGUCCCGGCCCACAUGACACAGACAAACGCGAGGAAGAGGAACCGUCCUUUGGGGAGGCUGAGGAAGCCCAUCUGGUCGCAGCGGCCCUCACGGCCGCCACAGAGCGGCUGGCAAGCGCAGAGUCCCAAAACACUGAAGCCUCAGCCGCCUCAGCCGCCUCAGCCUCACAAGCUAAAGGCAGCCUGCGUUUCAGCGAGAACAAAGCGGAGCUCGAGGCCGGGGAUCCCGCAGCCCCUGUGGAAGCCCAUGCCGAGCUCAUGGCGGAGAUGCAGCGCAUGCUCGCUUUGUACGAAAUGGUGGUGGGCGUGGGCAAGCCAGAUUACAGCCCUGGCACAUGCAAUGCUGACACCAGCAGCUCAUCCUCAGGAUCUGCGGAAAAGGCUCCUCCGAAGCCUUUGUUUGAGGGCGCAGUAGGAGAGACUUCGGUGGUGCUGGCAGCCAUAAUGUCGGCGCUUGAGGAAUUGGCAGCUAUGGGUUACGCCAACCCAAGCGUUGGAGGGCAUAGGAGAUGGAAUGCUUUGGCGCAUGAGCGCGAAAGACUGGCGAAGGAGGAAGAAAUAGAAUCCCAGCGCUUGCGGGAGCUCGAGGAUCAGGAAGGAAGCUUCCGUCAAAGCACGGAGGCUGAACUUUCCGAACUGAGCCGGAUCCUAGAGGGCGAGGAUGCGGUCGGCAUCGCCGAUGGUGGACCACACCCAAUGUUCCAAGACAUUCCGCAGACGAAGCUCACAGCGCAGCAAGCCUACGAUCAUCUUCAGACUGAGCUAGCGCGUGUUGAAGCGGACAAAGCACGUCUCGAAGUGGCAGCCACCAGCCUGUCGGAAGAGCUCUCGGAGACCUACGGACAGUAUCAAGAGGAGAAGUCCAAGGCCGACACCGCCUCGAAGUUCUUCGCCAGCAGAGAGGAGCUAGCAGAUGAGCUUCAAGAAUGGCUCUACUCAGGCCGCUCAGAACGUAUGGCAGCUCUUGGGCGGAUGAGGUGCUUGGCACAGACGCAGCUUGAGCACAAAAGCAAGUCUCAUUUUGGGGCUCUUGAUGCGGGUGGCACUCGGUACAUUCAACUUAGCUGCUGCCUUGACAUGCCUGGGAUGGCUCGACCGCAGCCUUUUAGACCACAUCCCGUCCCAGUGCUCGGAGGCCGGUCAUUGAAGGUCGAAGCGGCAGAAGUGCGGUGCAACUGUGGCAUCCCACCUGUCUCCACUUGUGAAAUGAGCCCACAGGACUGGCGCUUUGCUGAAGACCGGCAGCUCCAGUCGGACGAACGGCCCAAAGACACGUAUCUGGUCCCCAAAGUUGGCUUCCAACCAAUUGUUCCCGGUGGGACGAUUCCCAAGGCGCCCAACGAAGCCGGCAGCCUGUUUACAGAGGUAAAGAAGAAUGCGAAGUAUCCAGGCCCGGAUCACUACAAGAAGGAGGGGAAGCCUUUCGGACAGAAAGCCAAACUGGGGAUGUUUAGCCGAAUCAAUCGCGACGAGAAGGAUCCGAAGAAGAACUGGCCUUCUGUUGGCCAGUACCAAAGCACAAGCGAUGUGACAACACCUCGCACUCGUGGGGGCAUCAUGGCCAAAUCAACGCGCGGGUGCCUCAUCUAUGACCAGGCUGUCACCGAGGGCAAGUGGAAGCCGGCCCCGGGCAAGUACGAUCCACAGAAGCCUGAGAAGCACGUUGACUGUCUGCAGAUGAGUCCCGAAAACAAGGCAUCCCGGACCAUGGUAGCUGCUGCUGCCCUGGGUGGUUUCCUCGCCUGCGAGGCUCUGCACCGGUGGCGAAACCGAAGGCAGGAAGUGGCAAAGCCCCACAGGAGUCCGGACGAGGAGUGGUCGGAAGACCCGACAGGUCACUGUAUGCACGGCGUAGCAGACUGCUAUUGGAAAGCUUUGCCUACAUCCUCCUGUGCAAACGGGUCAUCUGCGCAGUUGCAGCUCCCCAGAGCAGCCACAGCGAAGAAAGCCAUGUUGAAGUACAGAGCUGCUGGUGUCGAACUGUGUUGUGACAAGCCAUGGCCCGGGCAGCCGAAGCUCCUCAAGCAGAGACUGAACUUCCCGAACGGACGUGAGGCCACUCCGGCGGUCGAGCGUGCCAAGGACUGGCUCAGGAAACGGCUCGCAGGCAGCAAGGACGGAGGUCCCCAGCAGGUGCUGACCAGUGGCGUGUCCGUUCCGCCCGGACUCGUCGUGAUGCAUUCGGUCCUCGCAGGUAGCGCGCAACAGACGUGGAGAUACGUGGAGGUCGUGACAGUCUUAGUCGCUCCCCAGCAGCCGAGCGGGAAGCAAUUCGAGCCGGGAGCCUACUACCACCGCAGCGCGUGUGUGCCAGAGCCGGCACCAAAGCGGGACGAGCCCGCCAAAGUGAUUGAACGUGCUGUGACGGUCUGUGUACGAGUAAGGCCCAUGGCGGACUCGGAAAUUGCCGAUGGACAAACGCAGGUUGUUGCGUGCGACCUGGAUGCCCCUGGCAAAAUUCACCUUACGAGGCCAUCGGGCGGAGCCGAAGAGCCAAACAGGAAGCAGGAGACCUACGUUUUUGACACCGUUUUGCCUGGCAGUGCCGGUCAAGCGGCAGUCUACAACUUGAUAGGAAGUCCACUGGUGGCAUCCCUUGCUGCUGGGUACCAUAGUUGCGUCCUGGGCUUCGGAGCGACGGGCUGUGGCAAGAGCCACACAAUCUUCGGCGGUCCUGGAGAGGCGCGGGGGAUUCUACCCCGGCUGUCGGAGAAGCUUUUUGCAGCCAUGGAUGCGGUGGAUGGCAAGACUAUUGCCAGCCUCUCCUACAUGGAGAUCUACAACGACAAGGUCAGGGACCUAUUGCAUCCUGAACCCGGCGAACAACAUGAGGCACCCGCUGCGCUGAACGUGUGCGAGCAUCCGAAGGCGGGCGUCUUCGUCACAGGCCUCACCCGCAGCGCGAUGUCUGAUGCAGAGAACAUCCUCAGACUCAUCGACUAUGGACACAAGAUCCGAGUCCUUGCGUCAGCUCAGAGAAGUUCUCCAUCCUCCCGGUCCACGGCAAUUGCGAUGUUGCACCUGGAGCAGGUCCUGGCAGGAAGCAGCGGGACCUGGCCACAGCAGAAGUGGCGACAUGCGAAACUGCAGGUCGUUGACUUAGCUGGGGCAGAGCACCUGCAUGCAGGAGAAGUGGCCCGACAGCGGGGAUCCUUUCAGAGCAUUGGCAGCAGUGGCCUUUCUGCGAUGGCCGAGAUGGUUGCAGCACUUGCCAAAGGCACACGAGGAGAAAGCAGUCGGUACCACUUACCCUAUCGAGACAGCAAACUCAGCUUGCUGCUCGCAGAAGCCUUGACGGGGAACUGUCGCACGGCUGUCGUCACCUGCGUUUCGCCUGCCUCUCGGCGAGCAGACCUCACCAGUUCCGCCCUGCGCUUUGGGGAGUCGGUGCAGAAACUGCACACUCGAUCCACUCGCAACGAGGAAGUCCAUGGAGACUUGGUUCAGACGCUGCGUGGUGAAAUCCACUUGCUCCGGCAAAGGCUAGAGCGGUGCAGCCCGGCCGAGAUCAGGGGCUUGGAAGAGCAGCUGCAAGCAGCGCAGUACUUGGAGGAAGAAUAUUCAGCCUCCCACGAAGAGCUGCAGGAGAGGAGCGCCACGGCGGAGCAGCAACGUCAGCGGAGCCUGCGGCGGCUUGGGCUCCGGGUUGGCGAGCCCCGGGAGCAGAAGGUCAGCGAUGGUCGCAUUUACGUGGUGAACGUUUCCUUGGAUCCUUUGCUGUCCGGCUGCCUCACGUGGACACUCCUUCCGGGGGAGCAGUUGCAUAUUGGCAGCAAUCCGAACUGCGAGAUUUGCGUGGACGGACUGGGAGUUCAACCAGAGGUCUGCUCUUUGCGAUGUGUGCAGGCCAGUCGACUCGAAGUUGUUCCGCAGCUCGUGGGCCACACGGCGAAGAAGUGCCAGGAUGGCCUGAUCGUGAGGAGAAGGAGCCUCUUCAAGCGUGCUGGCCCGCUGCUGGUCAACGGCCAGACAGUGGAGGCCACGCUAGCACUUCGAAGUGGGGAUGUUCUGCGAGUUGGAUGGGCACAUUUUUUCAGAGUUGUCAUCCCGGCUUGCGCCUCGGAAAACGACCGGCGACUGGGGCCACGCCCAGAGGACGCCCUCGCGAUCGAGACGACCUAUAGCUUGACAUUCCCCAAGGAUGCCGAGCAGCUCAAAGAGCGCUUGGGCGCAGACCGAGCUGCACAGGUCCUGGGCGGCUUGAAGGAUUUGAAGCUCGCUGUGGAUGAGGCAAACGAGCUCACCAAGGAACUCAGGGGGGACAGUGAUGAGGAGUUUUCCUUCAAGGGGCAUCGUUUGAUGGAUCCCCUGAACAGCACAGAGGCGACCACGCUGGUCGUCUCUCUUCUGCGCCAGCGCCGACCGCCAGGCCAGGCGCACUUCGAUGAAGACAACGGGGGCUGCAAUUUGGAAGACAGGUCCGAAGUGGUUGCAACUUGGACUUUGCCAGACUUUCAGCAGCGGCUGGAGGUCAUGAGAGAAGUUUACGACGAGGUUGCGCUACGAGACCAGCCCUGGGGAGAAGAGGGCGACCUGGACCCCUGGCAGGCCCAGAGCGGGAUCCCAGUCCUAAAGGCCGCGUCAGGGCCUGGGCCGGAGGAAUCUGCACACACACAGGAGGCUGCGGCUGCGUCCCUUCCUAUGUGGAAGCAGCUUUCCUCAGCCACAUCAGCGAGCACUGGGGCAGAGACGAGUGAAGAGCGGAUGGACAUGGCAGCGGUGUUGCAGCAGCUGCCGCAGCUGCAUGCAGAGUUGGCCAAGGCUUACGAACUGCAGGAUGUCCAGGCCUCUGAGCUAGUCUCGGUGCGGCGCGAGAUCGAGGACCUCCGCAUGAAUCUGGCCAGGGCAACACCGUCUCCGGUGCGGAGGCCAGGCGAUCCCUCGAGAGGUUCAGGGACGCUGUCACCUCUGCGAGGGGGCGAGGAGGCAGAGAUGCCUCUGCUGUCCAAGUCGAACCUGGUCCCCUCAACCCAGACUGCUGGUGGCGCUGUCGCUUCAGCUGCGGUGGCGGCUGCUGUCCGCCAAACGCCUCCCAACAGAGCUUCAACGCCGCGCCGCCCGCGGGCACCGGUUGCACCGGUUUGGAGAGGUGCCGAGGGACCGCGCAUUUCCAGUUCGCCAACCGGUCGGGCUAGCAAUGAGCCUUUGAUGUCCAGCGACUCUCCGUUGGCAGAGGCACUUCCGUCCCCGAGGAGUGAACUGCUGGAGGAAGGGCCACAGAAACAACGGAAGCUUGGCCAGGAGACGGCGGUAAGUGAAGACUUGCACGAGCAAGGCAGCGCGCUUCAUGUCCGCCGCGAAGGCACCAUUGCGCGAGAUGUCAGCUUCGGUGCUGGCAUGCCGGACUCGAUCAAGUACUACAUUUCAGCCCAGCAGGAACCUCAGCUGCGGAAGUGGAGCAGGUGGGCUUUGUCUUGUCCGGGCUAUGCCAGCAUGAAGCCACGGGGAAAGAAGAGCCCUGGGCUGGACUCGGCAGUGAUGCAGCUGCAAGGCAGGAUUGCCAUCCUCUUCGGCCAGUCUGCAUCAGCUUCCUUCCACUCAAAGUGGGAGAUACUGAUGGGGCAGGGCGAGGUUCAGAACUGGAUGAAGAGCACACCUGGUCACGAUGUGCAGAUGCGGUAUCCUGGGGAGUGGAAGUUUGCUGGUGGGGUUGUAGACGCAGACGAGACCCCAGAGGAGGCAGCACGCAGAGAGUUGGAGGAGGAGUUCCAGGUCCCAGUGGCGCUCACCAAAGCCACCUGCAAACUCCGGCUCAUGAGCAUCAAGCAGACCAGGCCCAUCCGCAACAUCUCGAACAUCAUGUUCAACUACGUGGCCGCGGCUGAAGAAAACCCGUGGCUGCAGCAGCUGGAUGUCGAGGAGGUCAACUGCGCCUUGUCAAAUCGCCGCAGAAUGCAUGCUGAAGCCAUUCGAGGAGGCAAUUUCUAUACAUUGGGGCACCGGGAGCAGGAGAAGCUCGCUCCGGAAAUCCACCAGGUGCAAUGGCUCGACAUGCGCUCUGCCGUGCGUGAUGCUUUCACCAGCAUGAAUGGCUCCUUCCAUCCAGUCAAUGACUUCCAGAAGAAGGAGUUCGAGCGGCUUGGCGUGAAGCGCCGAGAUCCCAUGUUCCUGACGAUGGCCACACUGCUAGAGGUGGACUCAUUCCCUUCGCUACGCAGCUUCAUCGUCUACUCAGAUCGCCUGGAUCCGGAGAAGGAGCUGCAGCGAAUCCAGUGGCUUCGAGAUGGAAUGACACCAGAAGAGGUUGCCACGGUGUGGAGUGCCAAGAAGUCUCCCACAGAGGUCGCUGAGCGAGCAGGCAUGUUCCGCACUGCGGAGGAGCGGCUUCAGCUCUGGACUCGAAGGAAGGAGGAUUCAGAAGCCCGAUUGUGA